AUGGCAAGAACUAAGCAAACUGCUCGCAAAUCAACCGGUGGGAAAGCACCAAGGAAACAGCUUGCAACAAAAGCGGCAAGGAAAUCAGCUCCGGCGACAGGUGGAGUGAAGAAGCCACACAGAUUCAGGCCGGGAACUGUGGCACUCAGGGAAAUCCGGAAGUACCAGAAGAGUACUGAGUUGCUCAUUCGUAAGCUUCCAUUUCAGAGGCUUGUGAGAGAAAUCGCACAGGAUUUCAAGACCGAUCUGAGGUUUCAAAGCAGCGCGGUGGCUGCACUUCAGGAGGCGUCCGAGGCUUAUUUGGUGGGAUUGUUCGAGGAUACAAAUAUGUGUGCGAUUCAUGCCAAGAGGGUUACAAUUAUGCCAAAGGAUAUGCAAUUGGCUAGAAGGAUCAGGGGUGAGAGGGCUUAG